AUGGCAUCCGCAUCACCAGAGUCGCUGCCCAAGGACCGCAAAGGACCGAGAGGUAAUAAGCGCGCCCGCCACGUCUGUCUUCGCUGCCAUGAGAAAAAGAUCAAAUGUGACUUGCAGGUGAACAAUUCUGAAUGCGAAUCUCCCCGUUGCUCAAGGUGUGAAGUCGCCGGAUAUGAGUGCCGGAUUCGUCUCUCCAGACGUGGAGCAGGUAAUCGGGGUUCUGUUCGUCAUGGUAGCUUGGAUGCCCCCGAUGCAUCUGAAUCUUUGCCUGUUGUGUCGUUGCCAUAUGACCCGACUGCUAGCUCAACACCAAGCAACCAAAGCCAGGUUCAAGUUAAACCCGACCCGUCCACUCACCUGCCGGCACCAGAUGACCGGCUGGUCACCGAAGGUGCCUCUCCGCACUUCUCUGCGGCAGUUAGGAGGCCACCGCCCUCCUACCCUGGCACUCCAGAAGGGAGUCGGCAACUAACGGUUCAAUUUAUGUCAAACCGUACAGACAAGCUACCAACAAACUGUCGCGAAGGGAGCCAAGUUCAAAGCCCAUUGAAUUCCGGCGAAGCUGGACUUUUUCACGUUCUGGAUAGUGCAUCUGGAAUUGAUCACCUCAACUUAACCCACCCCUCAGGGCAACCCAUCGACUUACCACCACCGGCAUUGCAAGAAAGCUUCAUGGACACAUAUUUCCAGUAUUGCUACCCAUGGUGUCCCAUUUUCGAAAGCUCUACGCUGUUUUCGGAGCAGGAGGAGUCGAAUUCCAUACUCCUCAAUCAAGCAUUGGCGCUUCUUGGCAGCCGAAUCCAGCCACCAGUUCUACUGCAUGUUCCCCCAAGCGUUUACUAUGACCGUGCGAAAGCACUCUUUUACGGAAACCACGAAAGCAACCCGAUAACAUGCGUAAAAGCGCUCCUCCUAUUUUAUUGGUGGGGCUCAGCGCCAAAUAGUCCCAGCCUUGAUACCGUCUGGUGGUGGACCGGAGUUGCGAUACGGCUCGCGCAACAAAUUGGCUUGCAUCGCGAACCAAAACCUGGCCAAAUUAUGCGACCAAACGAAACCCCUGGUUUGCGGCGAAGGAUUUGGUGGACCUUGUUUGCAAGAGAGCGACAAACCAGUAUAUGCCAGGGAAAGCCUUGUAUUAUCGAUCCUUUAGAUUGCAAUGUCCGAGAACCGUCAUUAGAUGAUUUUCCAGAACCGAAGGAUCAUUUUCGAGCCCAAGUGUUCAUACAUUGGGUCCGGCUUUCAGCUGUUGUCGGGCGAGUUGCAAAAUACCUCCUACAGAAACCAGAAACGACACAAUUUCGGGGCCAUUUAGCUAGGGAAUUGGUUGACUGGGUGCAGUCUCUUCCUGAAGCGUUGCGUCUACCCAUCGCAACUAAUCGUACAAACCCAUUCAACCGAGACGUGCACCAACUACAUUUACCAUAUCUUACCACAAUAACCCUUCUCUACCUAACCAAAUCGUCCCAGCCUCUUCCAAAGGCAUACAUCACCGCGGUUCUUUCUGCGUCUUGCGUUGCCCGUAUUUUCGAAGACUUCCUCGCGCGGGGGUCCAUUCGAUUUCUUCAGGGCAUGGCAGGAUGGCACAUCGCCGUUGCGAUCUUAGCACUUCUCCAUGUGCGACAAAUCCCGCCCCUUACCGAAGCCGCAGAUAACCACAUCAGCAUCCUCAAAAUCGCCCUGAAAGAGAUGGCCAAAAUGUGGCCAUCUGCCAACAUGCUGGACAAGGAAUUUGAUCGCUUGCCCGCCAGCAAUGAAUUUGCCGUCUCCGAAGAAAGAUCCCCCACACGCCCAAUAGAUCUAAGGCCCACCAACUCACUCUCUGAGCUGGCAGAUCUUGCAACCGGGACACUUAUAAACUCCAUGGACUUUUUCCCGUUUGCUACGAUUCAGACAAGCCCUGUGGUCGAAAUCCUGUUAACACAUAGUUCUACGAUGAUUUUCUCUGAGCUGAAUUGGCCGCGCGAUAUUUCAGCACAAUUACACGGUUUGCUGGAUUCGUUCGGAGGUGUUUAA